AAAAUCUGUCAAACCUUUAAAAACAAACCUGACAAGCGCAUCAAAUACACAAGUGAUAUUUAAGAGCGAUUAUUUAAUUACUACAAUGCCUGCAAUUGGUAUAGACUUGGGCACGACCUUCUCAUGUGUAGGGGUGUGGCAGCAUGGCAACGUAGAAAUAAUUGCGAACGACCAAGGUAACCGCACCACCCCUUCCUACGUCGCGUUUACGGACACCGAGCGUCUCAUAGGCGAUGCCGCCAAGAACCAAGUGGCUCUCAAUCCCACCAACACCAUCUUCGACGCUAAACGACUCAUAGGGCGUAAGUUUGAUGACCCUAAAAUCCAGCAAGACAUGAAGCACUGGCCGUUCAAAGUAGUCAACGACGGAGACAAGCCGAAAAUCCAAGUAGAGUACAAAGGGAAGUCUAAACGAUUUGCUCCUGAAGAGAUCAGCAGCAUGGUGCUGAUCAAAAUGAAGGAAAUAGCUGAAACAUAUCUUGGUACCUCGGUGAGAGAUGCAGUUAUUACUGUUCCCGCUUACUUUAACGAUUCACAACGUCAGGCUACGAAGGACGCUGGGGCUAUCGCGGGAAUGAAUGUUCUCAGGAUCAUAAAUGAGCCCACUGCAGCUGCUCUGGCAUACGGUUUAGACAAAGAUUUGAAAGGAGAACGGAACGUCCUGAUUUUCGAUUUGGGUGGAGGAACUUUCGAUGUGUCUGUACUGGCGAUAGAUGAAGGGUCGCUCUUUGAAGUGAAGGCGACUGCCGGCGACACUCAUUUAGGCGGAGAAGACUUUGACAACAGACUUGUAAACUUCUUAGCUGAUGAGUUUAAACGGAAGCACAAGAAAGACCUACGAACUAACCCCAAGGCAUUGCGUCGUUUACGCACAGCGGCAGAAAGAGCAAAACGUACGCUGUCUUCUAGUACUGAAGCUAGCAUCGAAAUUGACGCGCUUUAUGAAGGAAUAGACUUUUUCUCCCGAAUCUCACGAGCACGUUUUGAAGAGCUAAACGCUGAUCUCUUUCGAAUCACUUUAGACCCUGUAGAGAAAGCUCUCAAGGACGCAAAACUAGACAAAAGCUCAAUCAACGAUAUAGUGCUCGUCGGUGGCUCAACGCGAAUCCCGAAAAUACAGAGUUUGUUGCAAAAUUGUUUCAAUGGCAAGAAGCUUAAUUUAUCCAUAAACCCUGACGAAGCUGUGGCAUACGGUGCAGCGGUGCAAGCAGCCAUCUUAAGCGGAGAGCGCCAUUCCAAAAUCCAAGAUGUCCUUUUAGUGGACGUUGCUCCUCUAUCCCUUGGUAUCGAGACAAGUGGUGGUGUCAUGACAAAGAUAGUCGAACGUAACGCCAAAAUACCUUGCAAACAGUCUCAAACAUUCACAACUUAUUCUGACAAUCAGCCAGCUGUCACCAUCCAAGUUUACGAAGGCGAACGAGCUAUGACAAAGGAUAAUAACCUUUUAGGAUCUUUUGAUUUGACUGGUAUACCGCCUGCUCCAAGAGGUGUCCCCCAAAUAGAUGUGUCAUUUGACAUAGACGCCAAUGGAAUCCUUAAUGUAUCUGCGAAAGAUAAUAGCACAGGCAAGAGCAAGAACAUCGUUAUAAAGAAUGAUAAAGGUAGACUAUCGCAAGCUGACAUAGAUCGAAUGCUAUCUGACGCUGAGAAAUAUAAGCAUGAAGACGAUUUGCAAAGAGAGAGAAUCACUGCAAGAAACAAGUUGGAAUCUUACGCUUAUGGCGUGAAGCAGGCGUUGGAUGAAGCAGGCAGUAAACUUGAUGCUGCAGAAGCUGCUAGCGCUCGUCGUAAGUGUGAGGACACUGUACGUUGGAUGGACAGCAACAGCCUGGCUGAGAAAGAUGAGUAUGAAAGUAAGCUGAAGGAUUUGACCGUCGCCUGCGCCCCGUUGAUGAAGAAACUCCAUGGUGCUGCUGGAAAAACUGGGGGCAGCGAUGGACCGAUCAUCGAAGAGGUUGAUUGAAUUGUCUAUUUU